UGAGGCGGGCGUAGUAGUAGGGCUGAAAUUUUUGCGAUCCUAGUGGGUCGAGAGUGCUGGGAAACAUGGCGAGUGCGGAGAAUGGAGAAGGGUGUAUGCAAGACACCGAACAGGAGCCCGAACCGAGCGGACCGGGCAGGGGCGAGCACCGCUGGGGUCCGCAGCAUGCCGGGGCUCGGGAGUUAGCGAACUUAUAUUCUCCAGGAAAAAGGUGCCAGGAAUGGAUCAGUGUCGUUCUCUGCUUCUCUCUCAUGGCCUUUAACUUCUGCUACCUUAUUGCCAACUUCCACCUGGGUCAUGCCUGGUACAUCCUGGCUGGCAUCGUGGCCGGGAUCCUGACGGCCGACUUCGCCUCAGGGCUGGUGCACUGGGGUGCCGAUACCUGGGGCUCGGUGGACUUACCCAUUUUUGGAAAGGCUUUCAUCAGGCCGUUUAGGGAGCACCACAUCGACCCCACUGCUAUCACCCGGCACGACUUCAUCGAAACCAAUGGAGACAAUUGCAUGUUGACCAUUGUCCCAUUGGCCAACAUGGCCUACAAUUUCCUCACAAUGUCCCCCGUUGAUCUCUACCACAGUUACCCUUUGAAUUGCUACGUCUUCGCCCUGGCCAUCUUCGUCACACUGACCAACCAGAUCCACAAGUGGUCACACACGUAUAUGGGCCUGCCGUUCUGGGUCACCUUCCUGCAAGACUGCCACAUCAUCUUACCACGCAAGCACCAUCGCAUCCACCACGUGUCGCCGCACGAGACCUACUUCUGCAUCACCACAGGCUGGCUGAACUAUCCCCUGGAGAAGCUAGGAUUCUGGCGUUCCCUGGAAGACCUGAUCCAGAGCGUGACAGGAGAGAAGCCCAGGUCAGAUGACAUGAAGUGGGCUCAGAAAGUGAAGUAACCUAGGCAUCUCCUGUGUGACCCUACCUCGGAAUCACCUGCCUCCGCCUCCCCCUCACUGCCGCCCUCCCGCCUCUUGUGCUGCUCGACCCCCACCCCCCCACCCGCCACCCUCUCCAGACUUGGGCUUCACCAGCUGUGUUCCUAGUAGCAGCGGUGCAUUGAAAUUCCUGGCGUCGAGCAUUCUGUCUAUUCCCUUGGCUCUGCCAGAGCCUCCCAUCAUGACAGGCUGUGUUGCGACCUGGGAAGCGGUACAGGAGGGGGGGUCCGCUUUGCUUGGACGAGGCAUCACGUUCGCCGAAAAGAACUUACCCCUUAAUCUGUUUUGCUUUGGAUAUCGGUCUCCUCUCUCCUUCCCUGUCCAAAUUCCUGAGCUGGUACUAGUGUCCAAUGAGAAGAAAAAUAGCCAUCACCCGGAAGUGGUAGCCAAGCAUGGAUCGUCUUCUGCCUACUGUACGACUGCAAGGUCAACUUAACAUCUGUAUUUUAUAGGAAAAAAAAAAAUACACACAAAACCGAUACUUGAAGAACAAAUACACGCCUUUCAAAGUAAUCCCUGAGCUGCUUUGCUUUUUUUAUGUUUUUAAAUCAUCAUACUAUUAUGUUUUUUUGAAGAGAAUACGAAAACUAACAUCCAAAUGACUGGCUGUGACAUCAGCUGCCUCACUCCUUUUUCCAUCCCCAUCACUUGUCAUGGUUCUCCGAUCUGAGUAUCCGGCCCCCCCCCGUCCGACCUCAGGAGUUCCUGGUCUGGGAGCCGGGCAUCACCACCACGCUUGAGGCUCUUUGGACGGAGCCUUGCGCUUCGCAGAUGAUGUAUUCUAUCCCCUGUGGUUCUGCGUAGAAAGAUUGCCUUUCCUUACCAACACCAGGCUCCGUGGGAUUCCUGCCCGGUUCACUUUGAGACCAGGGGGCGCUGGCCUUAUUUCUGCUGCCCCAUUUUUUUUUUGCUCCCCUAAUAUUAUCCCUAUUAAAGUGUUUUGGCCACAUGGCUCUGUCUACUUCUAGUCCUGUUUGUCUGCCCUUGGUGGAUCUCCAGCUGUUCCUCUGAAUUUGGUGGUGCUCUAAAACCCAGCAAGGGGGCGCUGUCCUGGCCCAAAUAAUUUACUCUGUGCUGGAUUUAUGGGGUGGCCUCGGAUUGGCUAGCUGUGUAUUUUAGGGUGUGGUCUGUGGAAUGUAUAAACUUAUGUAAUGAGUAAAUGAACAUCUGUUAGAAUACGUAGGUAGGUUUUAAAUUGUGAUAGAAAGGAAUAUUGUGAUUUAUUGUUACAAUGCGGCGUAAUUUGAAACACAGCAUCCUUAAGACAUGCGUAAACAUAUAGACGUUAAGCAAAAUUACAUGUAAAUGGAAGCGCGCAGCUGCCACCGCGAUUCAGCUGAACAACCAGGCUGAUGCUCGCCAUUACAGAACUUCCCAUUAGGAAAAAAUGCCUGUUUGGGACACAAACGUUACAAACAAAUGAAGUGAUUAUUAUUAUUAUUUUUGAGUGUGUCUGUGUGUACUUUUGUUAGUAUGUUUGUAAUGUUGUCAUUCGCUUUUCCCAAAACUCAAUAACGGGAUAAAGAUAAUAGGUAAUAAAGAAAGGGAAACUUUGUUCUCGACCCAAUGCCAAAAACUGUAAAUUAAUCUGCAUGGGUCAUUAUAUUAUUAUUAUUACAUGAAAAAUGUAACUAAUUUUUUUAUUAAUAAGAUGUACAUAGCUUAGCUAUCGUACCGUUAUAGCCAUAUUUAGGAGGUAGAGUCCUCAUUAGUUGAAUGAGUAAUGGCUGUUUGGCUGAUGGAGGCUUUUGCACGACAGAAGCUCCAGAAUUACCUGAAUUGGACUUUCCCUCCCCAAUACUGCCAACACACCUGGUCAGCAGGUGACACCAGUGUAGAGGUGCCAGUUUGUUAGCCAAAUGCGGUUUCUCAUGCCAGUUUGUUGGCCAAAAAGGCGUCUGAUACAGUGUGUUGGGCAUUCUUGAUUGGAGUAUAGCUUCAGAUGUAAGCUUGGUGUAAGCUUUCUGGGAAAAGUCAAAUCAGGGUCCCAUUUUUAUUGAAAAUGUCGAAAAGCAUGUAGAUCCUUGGGUUUGUGUAGGAGCCAGCACUGAGACGAAGGAUGCUUUCUGACAAAUAAAGCGAGCAGUGUACGUAUUAACAGCCAAGCCACACUGCUGCACAGAGACGGAGCUUUAGUGUUUCUCCUCAAAGGGCAAGUAAAAGCUGAAGUUCUUCACACGUCGCACCAUGCUUCUUGCAGGCGUGGUGUCAGGUAAUCGCUUGCAUUAGCGAGGAAGUAGGUUCGGCUUUGUGGAUAUAAUUGAAAUCUUUGCACUUACCAAAGAAACCAGUGGCUACAAUCUUGUUAGGUUUUAUAUGCUUCCCUCACCAUUAAUGCAUUCAGGUCAAAUGGGAUAUUAAUAGUUUCCCUGGAUACUGGAAUAUAAAUAAUUGCUCUGUAGUUCUGUUAUUUUUCUUUUGAAUUGCCCAUAUUUUAAAGCACUUAAAUCCAACUGAUGUUUAAAAUAAUGUGUCUUGAAUUGGGAAGCACAUAACUUUUUGCAUAGUAGUGGGAACUUGCCUAAAUGUUUUAAUUUAGUCUAGGAUAGCUCUCCCACUGAGUGGGAAGUCAUCACCACAAAUGGAGGGUGCUAAGAUAUGCUGUAGGUAGGACUUUGAACAACACGUUGUCUGAAUCAAGAUUGGGUUUGUUUUAUCACUCCUGGCUUCUUAUAUUUUUAACUGUUGCAUACUUUUCAAAACCAAGAUGCGAUCUGACGGCACAAAAUGCGGACGUAGAUGGUGAUGUUUAGCCAGAGCAAACUUAUAGGAACAGUCUGCCAUCUGUAGAUUGGUCAUUCCUUUGAUUGUAAUGAGUGUGCAGUUAUGGUGGAACAGUUGGUCUAAUAAUUAUAUGUCUUGCUGUAAUAAGACUGAAGCAGUGAAAGUCCAUUACCAAUGUCCCGCAUUUCUGAUUGGUCCCUGGUCUGAUUGGUCACUCCGCUGACAUUCUAAGCAAGUCCUGACUGCUUAGGUGUGUCCUAUGCUGGGCUGAAGCUGCAGGCAUUAAUCGACUCACACCGAUCUCCGUGCCGCAAUGUUUGCUGCUGAAGAUAAGCAGACGUUCGCUCCCUUAGCUGGUGCCGUCUGUGCGGGUCGGUCUGCCGACGCGAGGGAGCUGUGCAGUUACUCACCACAGCUCACUCGCUUUAAUAUUAUGGGCUCAUCUUGGCAGAAAUUUGUUUAAAUGUGGAUGUUUGAUCACUCCAAAUACUUGGAAAGAGUAAACUUAGGCUACAGAGCUGGUAAUGUGAUGUGGGGGAGGAAGGAAGUGAUGACUGACUGUGGAAGUAUGUUUGACUGAUUUUGAAGGUCUUUGAAGGUGCAUCUUAUGGAAUGAGAUUAUGUUUUCAGUAUUUACUGCAAACAUUUUAUAUAAUAUAGUAAUCAGUAAACUCCCUGAUCACUGAUCUUUUGAUGGUAAGACCUUUAUUUGGUCAUAUAUAAUUGGGUGUGAUUUCAGUGGUUUUCGCUAUGAAUGUAUAUUUCAGAGUGAAUUCAUAAAAAUAACAGAAUCGCAAGGAAGAAAUGUACCUCACAAACUAAUCUUUGAAAUAUAGCAUUAAUCUUUUGGGUAAUUUUUGGUUUUAAAAUAUUAUUCUCAUAAUUCAUUUGAAAAUGUUAGACUGAUAUUUUACUGUGGGAUUAUUUGAAAUGUGUGGACUCUUCCACUGGAUAUAAAGCAUUUCUGCAGGAAUUAUCAGUGUUUGUGGGUUUUUUGGUGAAAUGUGCAGCAACGGCUAAAUAUUGUAAAUAUCAGAAAUAAUACCUUGAUGCCUUUUCGUUUUCUUACAGUUGGGAGACUGUAAUGUUACAAUGUACAUAAUAUAUUUAUAAGGAAACUAAAUAAACAACUUGCAUACUA